UGUGUAAAUGUCCUUAUCGUUUGCCGUAGUUUAUGUAAACAAGGAAGUGAGUUGACAGUAGCCUAGCUAGCCACGUCAUAAAUUAGUCACAGCUAUCUAUAGGAUUAAUUUAUCAUACAUUUAGUCAAUAAUUAUGUACCAUGGAGAGUAAAAUACGGAAAACGUUCAAAUUUGUCGUCAUCGGUGGUGGCAUUGCGGGCGUGACGUGUGUUGAGCAGUUGUCAUACAGUUUACCUUCAGCUGACGUCGCUCUGAUUACCGCAGGCUCCCACAUAAAGGCAGUGACCAACUAUAAGCAGGUGGCCAAGGUUUUAGAAGAGUUUGAUGUGGAGGAGCAGCCUACCAGUGUUCUGGAAGAAAAAUUCCCUAACCUGACUGUCAUUCACUCGCCUGUUAAAACACUGCUGGCACAAUCACAUCUUGUAGAAACUGCAGAUGGACACAUUUAUGGCUAUGAGAUGCUCUGCAUCUGCAGCGGGGCUAGACCAAAGCUGCUAACCCACGACAAGCCGUAUGUGCUGGGGAUUCGGGACACAGACAGUGCUCAGGAGUUUCAGAAGCAGUUAACUAAAGCCAGGAGGAUAGUCGUCGUCGGAAAUGGAGGGAUUGCAUUGGAGUUAGUGUAUGAAGUGGAAGGCUGCGAGGUGAUCUGGGCCGUGAAGGACAACGCCAUCGGAAACACCUUCUUUGACGCGGGAGCGGCAAAGUUCCUCGUGCCGUCGCUGGGCGCCGACAAGCCAGAGCGAGCCGCUCCGUGCAAGAGAUCUCGCUACACAACUGAGGCCCAAACCUUCACUGCAGGUCUUAUUGUUAAAACCAUCUUUUUUUUCUCACGCCGUCCACUCACGUGCACCAUUGCCUCCCCAGAUCGACACACGCGAGGACGCGGCCCCGGUCACACGGAGCCCGGCAGCGCGCUCGGUCCCGAUUGGCACCGAGGGCUUGUUCUUAAAGGAGCAGAGCAGGCAUCCCGUAGAGUUUCAGUGGAAUAUCAGUGUGAGGUGGAAACAAUCUUCACCUCCGAAGAGAUGCUCAAUUCCCAAUUGGAAACAUACACACUCGAUACUGGAAAGUGGCCAGUUUACGUAAAGCUGACCAACGGCAAGACGUUUGGGUGCGACUUUGUCGUGAGCGCCACUGGUGUGACGCCCAACACGGAGCCGUUUCUGCACGGCAACAAUUUCACUCUGGCAGAAGACGGCGGCCUCCGAGUGGACGACCACAUGGUGACGUCGGAGCCUGACGUUUACGCCGCCGGAGACGUAUGCACGGCAGGCUGGGAGCACAGUGAGCUGUGGCAGCAAAUGCGUUUGUGGACGCAAGCUCGUCAGAUGGGAUGGCACGCCGGGCGAUGCAUGGCCGCACGGGUCUUAUCGGAAGCCAUCGAGCUGGAUUUCUGCUUCGAGUUAUUUUCGCAUAUUACAAAAUUCUUUAACUACAAGGUUGUCCUGCUCGGGAAGUUUAACGCCCAGGGGCUGGGGUCAGACUAUGAGCUGCUGCUGCGCUACACCAAAGACCAGGAGUAUGUCAAGGUGGUUCUACAAAAAGGCAGGAUGGUUGGAGCAGUGCUGAUUGGAGAAACUGACUUAGAAGAGACAUUUGAGAACCUUAUUUUAAACAAAAUGGAUCUCACAGAAUAUGGGGAGGACCUUCUCAACCCUAAUGUUGAUAUAGAAGACUACUUUGAUUAAGGAAAUGUUAAGCACUGACUUGUGCCUGGGAAGGACAUUGACAUUUGUUGACAUUUUGUAGAAAGGACGGGGUUAAAAUAACACAUCUGCACAUACACACACAAAAAUUCUUCCAGCCUUUUUCCACAUUAUGUUUCAGGUCACUUGUCAGUAGUUAACAAAUUGCACACAUUGACUGUGUGACUGUUAAUGGUUGUAGAAGGUUAACUAAUUAAAUAGCUGGGGCAUGAGUCAUCAAAAAUACCAGGAAUAAAUCCAUGUUGUGACUCAGCAGGACAAUGUUUUGUUUGGGUCAUGUCAUGGAAUGGAUGAGCGUUAAGUACGGUAGGUUAAUCUUGUAGAUCAGUUGUCCUCGAUGACUUCACAAAAGCCUGAUUUGCUUCUUUAUCUGAUGAGGAAUCACAUGUUACUCCAAUUCUUAUCCAGCCUGAGACAACAACAAAAUGGCCUUAUUAUGAAGUGUUAGGAACAGGGUGUUCAACUGUGAAGAACAUGCUGUUUCAGCAUACUAACACGAGUUAAUCCAGAAUGUGCAGAGAAGAAUUUGAGUGUUAUGAGGUGUUGACAUUUGCAUGUUAUGCUCAUAUGUUCCAGAUCAACCAUGAUUAAACUUGUCAGAUUUGACUGGUACUGAAA